UGCCUGGAGAGCCAAGGGCUAACAUGGCUCUUGCCCUGGACAUCAGCUGAGACUUGAAGACUCAUCCCUCUGAGGCUAUGGAGAGGGGCAGCUGCCGGAAUGUCUCCCCUGCACGGACGCCUCCAGCCCAGGCCUCCCCUGCACGGACACCUCCAGCCCAAGCCUCACCAGCACGGACACCCCCAGCCCAGGCCUCACCAGCACGGACACCCCCAGCCCAGGCCUCACCAGCACGGACACCCCCAGCCCAGGCCUCACCAGCACGGACACCCCCAGCCCAGGCCUCACCAGCACGGACACCCCCAGCCCAGGCCUCACCAGCACAGACACCUCCAUCCCAGGCCUCUCCUGCACAGACACCUCCAUCCCAGGCCUCUCCUGCACAGACACCUCCAGCCCAGGCCUCCUUUGUACGGAUACCCCUAGCCCAGGCCUCACUGGCAAGGACACCUCUAGCCCAGGCCUCCCCUGCACGGACAUCUCCAGCCCAGGCUUCCUCUACCUGGAAAUCCUCUUCCAGAUCAUCAUCUAGCAGGUCUUCAUCUGCCAAGUCAGCCUCCACGACAUCUUCCCCAACAAAAGCAUAUCUUGUUAGAGCAAAGCCAGUUGCUGUUCCGAUCCGGGCAUCUCCUGCCAGGUCAGCAGCAGCCACGAGGACCAGUCGGCAGAGCCUAGGUCUCGGCUUGCCCAAGUUAUCCUGGCAGGAGAGCAAGAAGCAGCUGCCACUCAUUGGAUGUGUCCUCCUCCUCAUCGCCCUCGUGGUCUCACUCAUCAUUCUCUAUGGGGGACGAGAGCCCCAGAGUCCAAGAGGGAUUGCAGUCUACUUCUGGCAAAGUCACACAGGGAUCAAGUAUAAAGAGGCACUCGAGAGCUGCCCUAUACACGCUGUUCGCUGUGAUGGGGUGAUGGAUUGCAAGCUUCGGAGUGACGAGCUUGGCUGUGUGAGGUUUGACUGGGAUAAGUCUCUGCUUAAAGUCUACUCUGGAUCCUCUCAUGAGUGGCUGCCCAUCUGCAGUAGAAACUGGAAUGACUCUGACUCCCAGAAGACCUGCCAGCAGCUGGGGUUUGAGAGUGCUUACCGGACAACUGAGGUGGUGCACAGAGAUUUUGCCAGCAGCCUUUCAAUCUCUGAGUACAACUCCACCAUCCAGGAAAGCCUCUACAGGUCUGACUGUCCUUCCCAGAGAUACAUCUCUCUCCAAUGUUCCCACUGUGGACUGAGAGCUAUGACCGGAAGGAUUGUGGGAGGGGUGCUGGCCUCGGGGAGCAAGUGGCCCUGGCAAGUGAGUCUGCACUACGGCACCACCCACAUCUGUGGGGGCACACUCAUCGGCCCCCAGUGGGUGCUCACCGCUGCCCACUGCUUCUUUGUGACCCGAGAGAAGAUGCUGGAGGGCUGGAAGGUGUAUGCAGGCACCAAUAACCUGCACCAGCUGCCUGAGGCAGCCUCCAUCACCCAGAUCAUCAUUAACAGCAACUACACCGACGAACAGGAUGACUAUGACAUCGCCCUCAUGAGGCUCUCCAAGCCCCUGACCCUAUCCUCGCACAUCCACCCUGUCUGCCUCCCCAUGCAUGGACAGACCUUUAGCAUCAAUGAAACCUGCUGGAUCACAGGUUUUGGCAAGACCAAGGAAACAGAUGAGAAGACAUCACCUUUCCUCCGGGAGGUGCAGGUCAAUCUCAUCGACUUCAACAAGUGUAAUGACUACUCGGUCUAUGACAGCUACCUCACUCCAAGGAUGAUGUGUGCUGGGGACCUUCGAGGAGGCAGAGACUCCUGCCAGGGAGACAGCGGGGGGCCUCUUGUCUGUGAGCAGAACAACCGCUGGUACCUGGCAGGUGUCACCAGCUGGGGCACAGGCUGUGGCCAGAGAAACAAGCCUGGUGUGUACACCAAAGUGUCAGAAGUCCUUCCCUGGAUCUACAGCAAGAUGGAGAGUGAGGUGCACUUCCAAAAGUCCUAACCAGCUCUCGUGCACACACUGACCUCUAUGAAGACUGAACGAGGGCCCUGGGCCACGUGCAGCAUCUGGGCUAAAGGCACCCAGAUCUUACUUCAUCAUUGCCACCUCGUCUGCUGCGUGUGUGUGUGUGUGUGUGUGUGUGUGUGUGUGUGUGUGUGACUGUCCUCUGAAGUUCUCCAGAAACCAGGAGAACUCUCAACUCUUCUUGGAACCCCAGGCUGGAAAUCUUCUGGAGAAGAAGAGCUUGGGUAUUGUGGAUGUUCCCACAGGGGAGUCCACGGAUGAAUGAAGGAGGUAAAGCCAAAACAGCCCAGAGAAGGUCCAGGAGAGUGACAUCAGGAGUUUCUGCUCCUUGGACCCUAACUUGGAGACUAGGCCAGAGCCUGCUUGGGUGACGUCAUUGCUGUCCUGACACAAAAUGUCAAGCAUGCGCUCCCCAGGGCCUGGACUGUCCUCAAUGGAAAGGCGUUCCCACCAGCGUCUGUGCCCUCACUCAGAACUCCUGCAGGUGCCGUGGAUGCCAUGGAUGUCCUCAGCCGGGCUGGGCUGUGACUGUCUGCCCUGUGACCAAAGCUCACUGCACUUGUUUGGUCACAAGCUGUUGGGACAGAUUUUAUUUCAUUUUAUUUUUAUAUUUAUGUAAUAUAAAUAUUGUAGAUAUAUUUAAAAAUAGCUCCCAAAAUUUCAGGGCCUUUGAGAGUCAGCAUUAAUCACCCUCCCAUCCCAAGAACUCUAAGGGAUUUAUAGGUGCAUCCUACAAAAUAUUGCAGGAGAAGGGCCUAGAAAAUGUUCCCAGGGUAGACUUUUCCCAGUCAGAGGUACUCAGGGAAGCAAACCUUCAUCUGGGCCUGCAGGUAGAUCCAAUGCAGACCUGCAAACUGUUCCUGCCUCGAAGAGCUACAGUGAGGAUAUGGAGAAAGGAGAAGGCCAGGUGGACACCGCCUCUCAUACCUAGGGGCUGUUCUGGGAGCGUAGGGCUUCAUUCCAAGCUUUCUUGACCUUUCAGUUUCUUGGUUCCAGAAACAGUACAACCAUAAGAAGGAACAUGGAGAAGAGGCAAACACCAUGCAGGCCCUCCAAGUAGCUGUUCCAAGCUGGUCCUG